UCUUCAGUAAUAGUUUCUUGACCUAUUAACUGCGUUCGCUUUUUGUUUUUUAACUUCCUUGAAAGAAAUUGACAAAUGUACUUCGAGUCCUUGCAUGAACAACGGAUCAUGCGUCUCCUUACCUGAAGAUUUUAAAUGUAUGUGCUCUAAGGGGUGGACUGGAAAAUUAUGCGAAGAUGACAUUGACGAGUGUUCUUGGGAAGUCUGUGGGUUGAAAGGGUUGUGUACAAACACCAUUGGUUCUUUUAAUUGCAGUUGUUUUUCUGGUGUAGGAGGCACAAUCUGUAAUAGAGACUACGAUGAGUGUAAUAGCAAUCCAUGUUCUAAUGGCGGAGUGUGCAUUAAUAUGGUCGGACAUUUCCAGUGCGUUUGUCCAAAAGGAUAUUCUGGUUCUGUCUGCGAUACAGAUAUUGACGAGUGUCUAGGAUAUCCUUGUGAAAAUAAUGGGAGCUGUAUUAACACUGUUGGAAGCUAUGCAUGUAUUUGUCCUAAGGGUUGGACUGGAGACAGGUGUCAGAAUGAUAUUGAUGAAUGCCUCCAGUAUGGUUGUGUCAACGGCGGUACAUGUAUCAACACACAAGGAUCAUCCCAUUGUCAGUGUAACCCAUUUUUCACUGGAACUCAUUGCGAGGAAGAUAUCAACGAAUGUGUAACAACAUCCGGUAUAUGUAAACAUGGAGGAACCUGUAAAACACGUGUGGUGGGUAUAACUGCCACUGUUCACGUGGAUAUCAAGGCACAAAAUGUGAUGGAGGUGAAUAUUGAUGAGUGUGAAUUGAAACCCUGCAAGAAUGGUGGAAACUGUACAAAUACAAAUGGAUCAUUUUAUUGUAAUUGUACAUCAAGCUGGACAGGCUAUACUUGUGAAAAAGAUGUAAAUGAAUGCAGACCUUACCCCGGACCAUGCAUUAAUGGUUCCUGCAAUGAUUUUGAUGGUGGAUUUAAGUGCAUUUGUGACUCUGGUUUCACUGGUGUAUUUUGUGAGAUUAAUGUGGACGAAUGCUUGUCUAAUCCUUGCACGAACAAUGGAUCAUGUGUAGAUGUGUCAGGAUCUUUCUUGUGUGAAUGCAUCAAUGACUGGGGUGGACCCCUGUGUGAAAUUGAUUUAUGCAAAACAAUCCAUGCGCAGAUAGUUUUUGCAAUGGAUUCUUCCCUUAGCACCACGGAGUCAAUCUUGAAAGAACAAGUGCAUUUUGUUUCCGAAGUCAUAAAAAGAAUAACAGUUUCUGAAGAGAAAUUUGACAUAGCACUGGUAUCUUAUGGAUCUGAUGCACUAAUUGAUAUCCCUUUUGGCGCAUAUAACAAAAGCGUUGCAUUACUCGACCAGGUAUCAAACAUUUCUUCUAUAAAUGGAACAACCGAUAUUUUUAAAGCUUGUCAAACAUUGAAGCAAAUUUUGUCGAGGAAACAAUACACUUCGCAGUUUGUCUUAUUUCUCACUGAUGGAAUGCCCAGUAACUUACAAUUAGCUGUCAGUGCUAUGACGUCAUUGCGUUACCAGAUGCAAUCCACUAUGCCAAUGAAUGACGUCAUUCUUGUUGAAGUUGGUGAAGAUAUACGUCAUGAAGGUCUACGCAGGUUAUCUUCUGAUGGCGAUGGCAAAAAUGUUUUUAGUCAUGUAAACAUGGACGCACUGCAUCAUAUUUUUUCGAAAUUGGUAAACGCAAAGUGUUCUGCAUGCAAAGAACAAAGGUCAUUUGAUCUCAUUUUGGCUCUUGAUACAUCAUCGGUACAGCAUAAAAAUACUUUUACCUCUAGUUUAUCAAUAUUCAAAACCAUUUUACAAAAACUUCAACAAAACUUUGUCUUAGGUGAAAAUGACUUACAAAUCGGUGCUGUCCAUAUUUCCUCAGAACCAUUUCUCGUGACAAGACUGAACCAUUCUCAAGAUAUAAACAAUUUUGCUGGAGUUUUCUUGAAAUCAGAACAAGACUCUAAACAAAUGAAUUCUACCCCUGAUGUUGCAAAGGGCCUCCGUUUCAUUUCAUCGGAAGCUCUGUCGUUAAAAAAUGGAGGUAGGAAAAAUUCUCGGAAGUACAUUAUUCAUACGUUUACAGGAUAUGACAAAAACACAACAGAAUCUAUUAAAGAAACAAGAAAAUUGACAAAUGAAAAUGUAACUGUGAUAUCUAUUGGUAUUGGAGAGAAAUUUGACAACACGGAUGUUCUUCAGACAGCAUCCAGUGCUUACUUUGUUUUCUUUAGCGAAAAAAGGAAGGAUACUCUCUGGCAUAUUACUGAAACGGAUUUAAAAUUUAUGUUGAAGUUUGAGCAUGUAUAUUGUAGCAAUAGAAUUAAUGCAUGACUUAUAUUGGUAACUCAUACCGUCAGACUAUCAUAUUGUAGAGCAUAAUAAUGAAUA